AUGGAAGUUCCAUACCCGGACCAUAGGAGGCCGCUUUACUUGGAGGGACAAAUCAAUGAUGUGUUCAUAAGGAGAGCUUUGGGUAGACACGGUUCCUCUGUCAACAUAUUACCUCUGUCUGUGCUUACGGCAGCUGGUAUCCCAUUAUCCAAAAUUGUCCAAUCACAAACAAACAUCAGGGUUUCGGGAAUAAGAGUGAGUCACAGUCGGGCAUCUACAAGCCAUGGCUCAACAAGCAUAAACUUGUGGUCUCUACCUAUCAUCAAUGCGUAA